GAGCGGCAAGUCGGGAUGGGGUAUUCUGGGUAAGGAGGAAAGGGCGAAUGCCUUGCCGAGACCUGGGUACCGCGCUCGCGACGGUUGAGCUGUGCUGGAGGAUGGCGCAGUGGCUGGCGUCGCCGACCUACUCAGAUGGACCAGAGAUGCCCAUAGAUGUGAAGGGUGGGGUAUCGGUCGUAAUGCCAGAGGAAGGAACGUGGACGGACCUGGAGCCGGCCUAUCAAACCGUAAUGCUGGCCGAAAGUGAUGCCUUCCUAUGGAUUGAAACGAUGUGGACUAAGGUAACCUUGACCAGGAUAACGCCGUGCCUAUUUGACUUAGAGUUCCGGGGGACCGUGGAAGCCCGGGGAUGGAUCUACCUGUCAAAGGAGAGGGAGACUGCGAUGGUUGUCGAACUCACCUUGGGGAAACUUCCGUACAAACUGUUCAGGGAGGUCAAGCGGGAAGUAGUGUGGGCCGCGUGCCAACGAGUGGAGAUGACGAUGAAAUCGAUUGAUGUGCGGGUAGAACUUGGGGAUAGGGAAAACGUGCGGAAGCCGUACAGGGCCCUAAGGUGUGUCAUGCCGCCCUUCAUGGUAGACGCCGUCUUUGGAACCCGGAGUAGGUUGGUGCGAAUAUGCAGGGCCAUGGCAGGGUUGGGGUUGCACCAGGGAGCCCGCCAGGAUUUCUUCCGGCUGUCGGUCGAAAUGGGACCCUUCGAGGGAAACUGGGCAAGGGAACUAGCCGAGAUUUUAAACCAUCUCAGCACAAAUGGCCUGUUUGUCCCAAGCAAGGUGCACUGGCGGAUAGUUUACAAGAAUGUUGCGGUAGGGGAAAUCUUUCUGGAGGGUGUACGGGACCUGUGGCCUGAAGAGAAUGAAGAUGACUCCGAGGAGGAGGACGAGAUGGAAAUCGAGGAAUGGGAUUUCUAGGAAAAAAGGGGGCUGGGGACGGAGUGGUUAGGUCGCGUGGGGGUGUGCAGGGAAUCAAGGAUGGCAAGGGAG